AUGCCUCCUCGCAAAUUCCAAAUCCCGGCGAACGAGAUGUUCUGGGAGGAAGCCGUCAAAAGGGCUGGCCUCGAGGGAAAGACCAUCCAUACCCUCGAAAGCAUGUCCUCCGGGUCCAAAAUCAUCCCAUCACAGUUCUUGACCUUCAGGGUCUUAUGCGUUCCCCAUCAGGCCCAUAUGUUCGAUGCAGAGAAGUGGGAGCUCACGGAACAUAUGAUCCCUCGCAACCACCAGCGCCAUGUCAUGGAAGCUAAGAGGCUCACGAGCCAGAAAGCCAGACUUGUUGACCCGGACCAUGUCGAUGCGUGGAGCAUCAUACCAACCACAGACGAGGAAAUCGUCAAUUUUGCAAUUGUUGACUGGCUCCAGGCAGUCUGUCUGAGGAUGCCUGGGGUCCAUGGACAAUGGAUAGCUAGCCGUUACCGAUUCAGGGCGCGGUUUGGGCCCAACGAGCUGGAGGCUCGCACAGAUGGAGCUCUGCGGAUCUUCGAAGAGCCAGAGAGAGUCCAUGCGCUAAUUGAGUGCAAGGCUAUAGCUCGCAAGGACGCUCUGCCAGCGGUGCAGUUUCAAGAGGCUGCACAGAUUGUUGCUUGGCUGAUGCAGAGGCAUCGCCCAGAGACUGCCAAGGCCGGAGGCAUUUUCAUGGUGUCAGAGGACCGUGAGGAGGUCUUCCUCACCUUUGGCACCCUCGACCGCCACUACCUUCGAUAUCUGCAAAAUAAGGACGCACCAAAGAAGUUCCUGGAGCUCCAUACGUAUGGUCCAUUCAGAAUAGACAGCGCCGGACAUAUGGAGCAGCUGGCAAGCAUUGUGCUUGCAUACGUUCUCCGGUCUGCCUGUCUGGAGAAAAUUGACCGCUAUAUCCACUGGGAAAUUGACCGCGUUGAUGGUGACCGGUAUGCAGAGGCUGAAGACCACGGCUUUCCUGCGAGGCUUGUCCAUGAAACAUACAGAAACGCUAUCCUAGAGGAUAAAGAACGCUGGGAUGGUGCAUCAAUUCCAAAGAUUCGCGAGGAUUUAAAGGACCUUGUUGCGUCUCGGGGUGCUGAGAUAGGGGAGGUCGUGCCGCGGUAUACAGUGUGUCUGGUCAUUGAUCAACAGUGCCGGGAUUCGAUCGUGAAUGCGUUCGAGGAUCCAGAGGAGAGCAAGCACGGGGGUGGGCCAGGGAAGGGAUUUGUUCUUAUGAUUGAUCCUAUGUUUGUACCAGGGAACCGUGAAGGGUAUUGUAAGGUUUAUGCGAGUUGA